AACAACAGCAGCGCUUGGCUGGUGACGGUGAGGCCACAGAAGAGAUUAGUGUCUAUAAUCAAUACUCUAAUACUCUAAUCAGUCUUUCUUAGAAGUAACGCCGGCGUUCCGUAUCUGCCAUUGUUAUAAUUUAACGCAAAUAUGUCUUUGUUUGGAAAGUUGUUUGGUAGUGGGGGUAAAGGGGGGAAAGCUCCUAGCGCACAGGAGGCAAUUCAGCGACUUAGAGAAACAGAAGAAAUGUUAACCAAGAAACAAGAAUUUCUGGAGAAAAAGAUCGACCAGGAACUCCUUAUUGCAAAAAAGAAUGGCACAAAAAACAAAAGAGCUGCUUUGCAGGCCUUGAAACGCAAGAAGAGAUAUGAGAAGCAGCUGGCCCAGAUUGACGGCACCUUGUCCACCAUUGAGUUCCAGAGAGAGGCUCUGGAGAACGCCAACACUAACACAGAAGUCAUCAAGAACAUGGGCUUCGCUGCCAAGGCCAUGAAGGCUGCCCAUGAUAACAUGGACAUCGAUAAAGUGGAUGAUCUAAUGCAGGACAUCACAGAGCAACAGGAGCUGGCGCAAGAAAUCUCUGACGCCAUCUCCAAACCUGUUGGCUUUGGCGAGGAGUUUGACGAGGAUGAACUGUUGGCAGAGUUGGAAGAGCUGGAGCAGGAAGAGCUGGAUAAGAACUUGCUGGAGAUCGGAGGCACAGAGAACGUCCCACUGCCCAAUGUGCCAUCCACGUCCUUACCCUCCAGACCAGCAAAGAAGAAGGAGGAAGAGGACGAGGAUGAUAUGAGAGAUCUGGAAGCAUGGGCUGCCAAUUAAUCAGCGCCACUCUCUGCACGUUAAGACCUGCUUCAGGAGGAACUAGAAGGACUCUUAUGGUUUAGCGUGUGACGUCUUUUUGUUUGGUAGGAAUGGAAUACCGAACGAAUACACAAGAGGGGAAAAAAAAGAAAACAAAAUAAAGAGGGCUGAUUCAGACCGUACUGCACUUACAUCACUGCUCCAGACCCAUUUGGUUUCGUAGCUCCUUCCGAUGGUCAAGCCUCCUGCACGGAGGACCAAACAGAGAAAAAAAACCCCAUAAAAAAUACGUUUUUCUGUAUGAUAUCUGUAUGAUAUUCCCAUUGUUUUUUUUUUUUCUUUUCCUCCAUGACUGGCUUUCUGCACUCCCUCAGCACGUGUCUGUGCUCAAUAAUAUUAAAAAAACAUAUAUAUAUAUAUAUUACAUAAA